AUGAUGAUGUUUGCAAGUGAUGGAUUUCUUACUGAUAAUUCUUCAUCUACCAAUACGGGUCAAACACAUGUAUUUACAUCAUUUCCUAAUUCUGCUGUAGACGUUGAUGAUGAACAUUCAGGAAAUAAAACAAUAAAUCAAUCUGAUUCAAAUCAAUAUACACUUCCAUUACCAGCUACUGCAAAUGAAACAACAUCUGAACAAUAUCAUUUGUGGCAAAUUGAAUAUUAUCAAAAAUAUUUUCAAGUCGAUACACGACAAGUAGUUGAACGUUUAAUUGGUUCAAUAACACCAAGACCAAAUAAAUCUUAUUUUGAUUCAACUAUUAGACAAAAUCCUGAUUUAUAUGGACCAUUUUGGGUUUGUGUAACUUUUAUAUUAACUGUGGCGAUUAGUGGAAAUAUCGUAGAUUAUUUUCAUAAAUCUGCAACUGAAUUUCAAAUUGAUUUUUCGAAAAUUACUCUAUCAGCACUUCUUAUUUUAAUUUAUUGGUGGUUAAUGCCAACAGCUAUUUAUUUUUUUUUUCGUUGGCGUUUAAAUCGUAUUGAAUAUACAUUCCUUGAAUUACUUUGUAUUUAUGGUUAUAGUUUAACGAUAUUUAUACCAAUAUCAAUAUUAUGGAUAAUACCAAUAAAUUGGUUACAAUGGACAUCAACAUUAAUUGCAUCAAUUAUAAGUGGUAGUGUUUUAAUUGUUACAUUUUGGCCAACAAUUAAUUCUGAUCAUAAACGUUUUAGUGCUUUAUCAAUGUUAAUUAUUCUUUUCGUACAUUUAUUAAUGGCACUUUGUAUUAUGUUAGUUUUUUUUCAUGUAUCUGAUAAAAAUAUUAAUCCAACGACAGAAACAACGACCGUUUUUACAACAGUUUUAUCAACGACACCAAAAUAA